AUGGCUACAUACAAAAAAUGGUGCGUACACAACAAUAAGUGGUUACGGUCUGAAAGCCAAAGAGCGACUGUCGGGGUUUUACCGGUAGGAGAACAGUUGACAAGACAUGGAAUCGGAGGGUCGACUAACUGUAUUCGUUGUGGUAAUAUCGAAACUGUGGAACAUGUUUUGUUGCAUUGCACCUGGGCAAAAAAGAUUUGGGACAUAGCUCCAAUAUCGCCUCUACGCUGGACGACGAACAUGUCAAUCUUGGAAUUUCUAGCUGAAGCUCGACGUGCCCCUGUUCUGCCACCUACAGGAAUCUCGAAUGCCACUCUUGCAGCUUGGAUUUGCUGGAAUAUUUGGACUGCUCGUGUUGAGGAUUCAACCUAG